CAAACAUUAUUCGCAAAGGAAAUUAAAGUUGGCAUUUGAUACCUGGGCGGAAUGGGUGAAAUUCCGCAAGGGAGAGCAGCUUUGGCCGUGAAGAAGAUAGAGCAUGUCUCCGAUCAAAUUUUGUUAAAAAACAUUUUCGAGGCAUGGGUUGGUGCAGUGAAAGAGGCCAAAAGGACCCGAGAGUAUUUUGCACGUUUGGAACGAGGAGAUUUGGAUGAUGACAGUGAUACCCAAUUAUUUGGUCAAGGAGAGGCAAAAGAUGAUGUUUCCAGUCUACCUUGGCAAGCUGCAAUAAAGAUCUUCAUGUUUCUUGGCAUUAUAGAUUUGGCGCACUGUUCCCAGGUUUGUCAGUCCUGGAAGGUGAUUACUCAGACAAGUGUUCUCUGGAACAAGAUGGACUUUUAUCCUAUAAAAGAUUGGAUAAAAGACAAUGGAGUGACAUACCUUCUGCGGCAGUAUCGUCCCUAUGCAAUCCAUCUAAGCCUUCGCAGUUGUACAAACCUCAGUUGGCCAAGUUUUAAAUCUGUUAGUGAAUGUCGAAAUCUUCAGGAUCUGAAUUUAUCUGGAUGUGCAGGUUUAACUGAUGAAUAUUUGGCUGUCAUUUUGGAAAAUUGUUCAUCAAUUCUGUUCCUCAACCUUUCUUACACUACAAUUAGUGAUGUUUCAAUGAGGACAUUAUCCAAGUGCUGCCUGAAUCUCCAGUAUCUCAGUGUAGCCUUCUGUCGGAGAUUCUCAGAUAGAGGUUUGAAUUACCUGGCUUCAGGAAAGGGUUGCCACAGACUCAUCUACCUGGACCUUUCAGGCUGCACUCAGAUCUCUGUAAAAGGCUUCAAAGCAUUAUCCAUUGCAUGCAAUGAGGUUCAGCAUCUUAUCAUCAAUGACAUGGCAACUCUUACCGAUUCCUGCAUUGUAGCUCUGGUUGCUCACUAUUACAAACUUUCUUCGAUAUCGCUUUUGGGGUCUCCUCAUUUAUAUGAUUCAGCUAUUAAAGCACUUGUCCAAUGGAGGAAGCUCACCAAGAUAAAAAUUGAUGGCAAUAAACAUAUAACUGAUAAUUCCUUAAAGUUCAUCUGCAGAUACUGCUCUCAAAUGCGUAUCCUCUGUAUAACUGACUGCCCUAGGAUCACAGAUGUUGGUUUGAAAUUCACAGAAUCACUAAGAAACCUCAUUGUUUUGAACCUGGCUGACUGUGUAAGGUUAACUGAUGUAGGUUUGAAACACUUCGCUGAUGGAAAUUCAGGUCCGAAGGUUAGAGAACUGAAUCUGACUAACUGCAUCAACAUUUCCGACUUUUUGUUGAUCAAACUUGUACAAAGAUGCACCAAUUUAACCCACGUGAAAUUCUGUUACUGUGAACAUUUAUCUGAUAAUGGGAUUGAGUUGCUGGGAACCUUGCCUAAUUUGACUAGCGUUGAUCUAACAGGAACCACAAUGCAAGACCAGAGUUUAGCAGCUCUCAGUACCAACAGCAAGUGUACUGAGCUCAUAAUCUCCGAGUGUCAAGAUAUCACUGAUAUUGGAUUACAGAAAUUCUGUCACAGAUCGAUCAAUCUGAAUUACCUUGAUGUUUCCCACUGCAUGGCAUUGAGUAAUCAGAGCAUUAAAACCCUGUCGUUUAGUUGCCGAUUGCUUACAUAUCUGAACAUCUCCGCAUGUCCAAAGAUUACUGACUUAAGCCUGCAAUAUUUGAUUGGCGGGUGCCAUUACCUUCGCUACCUGGACAUCUCAGGUUGCGUCAGAGUGACUGAUGUAAUAUUUAAAUUAUUGAAGAAAGGAUUCCGGAAACUGCUCUUCCUCAAGAUGUUGUACUGCACAAAGAUCACAAAAAGUGCUUUUGACAAACAAAUGCGUGCAAAUAUACAAUGUGAAUUCAAUAACUUUGCACCUCCUCUGUGGUACGGAUACGACGGUCUUGGAAACAUCAUAAAGAAGGAAGAGAAGAACCAAGAAGAAGAAGAAGAAGACGAAGACACUGAACUGGAUGAGGAUCAGAAUCAAGAUGACGAGGACAAAAUCGAUGACCAGGUUGAUGUCCAGAACCAGGAGGAGAACCAGGACGAGGAGCAAGACCAAGAUCCUGAAUGAAUAUUAAUCUAUAUACAAAACAACUAAAAUGUAGUUUUACUCUUAAGGAAACUUUUACAGCUGUACAAUUUUUAACAAUGUGCUUCACAAUAAAACUAACAUUGUACUGGGUUUGUUGCUGCGGAAAUUUGACUAAUUUAAAUAAACUGAUUGAUAGUUAAAAUAGUAAAA